AUGGCGACUCGAAGAAAUAACAAAUCCGUGCUUUCGAUACAACAGAGAUUUGAAAUUGUGCAACAACUAAAAAGUGGCGCGUCUGCCAGGAGAUUAGCAACUAAGUACGAUGUUCACCCCACCACUAUUCGUCGUAUACGACAAAAUGCAGCGGCCUUGUACACAUUCGCGAAGCAAGGGGUCGAAAUGAGGAAACGGAAGAAUAUACGGAAACCAGCGAACGUGGAACUGGACAAUCGGAUGUACACGUGGUAUUUAGAAAGAAAGGCGCUCGGGAAACCCGUCACGAAUUCGUUAUUGCUAGAAAAAGCAAUCGAAUUCAACAGAGUGGGCGGGAGACCAGCGAAGCCCAUCUUCAAAGCUAAUGACUUUGCGCAACGAGUGGAGCAAGAAGGACUCGAGUACAAGAAUAUUUAUACCAUGGAUGUAACUACUCUUUUAUGGAAGGCUAUUCCCACGAAGAUCUUGAGCGAUGAGCAAAACAUCGAGAGAAUACAAUUGGAAAAAGAUCGAGUAACCGUGGACUUAUGCGUCAAUGCUACAGGAGGCCACAAGCUUGCUCCUUUAUUUAUUCAUAAAAUAAAAAAUCCAAAAGAACUGAAACAUGUUAAAGAUAAUUUGCCAGUCAUUUUCAAAGCACACUCGCGAGCUUGGAUAGAUCAAGAAAUAUUUACGAAUUGGUAUAAGAAUCAUUUCAUACCAGCUGUGAAAACACAUCAAUUAGGUACCUGUGAUAAAGUUAUCCUCCUCCUGGAUAACUAUCGACACAAUCUCUAA